GAAACAUGCUUUAAUAGAGAAAGUAUGCAAUGCAUACAGCUCUGCUACAACCCCCCACUAUACUGCAUCUGGGGUAUUCGUGACUGGACGUCUGGGGGAUCACACACAUUUCCGAUUAGGAGGAGGGAGGGAGAGAGAGAGAGAGAGAGAGAGAGAGAGAGAGAGGGAGAGAGAGAGAGAGAGAGAGAGAGAGAGAUUACCCUUUCAUUCCAGCCAAUGAGACGGUCGAUACACUAAGAUUUUCAUAGUUGUGCAGGAGCACAAAGUGGAGUGAGUGUGUGUGAACUUCCAGGUAAAACUGCAAACCAACUUAAGGUUCCUUUGCUCGCAUCUCCAGCUCCUGAUACUCAACUCUGCUCCUCUUUAAGCCCUCGAGGCCGCUGCUCCAGGCUUUGAUGCCCACACAGUUUGAAGCAGGUGGACAGACGCAGGCAUGAGUAACAGUGGGACCAAAGAGCCAUCUCCUCAGCCAAGCACUGCCCAGUCACCUCCUGAGCCUCAGCGUAGGGGCAGAGGUCGACCAAGGAAACAGCAGCAGGAGCCUGUUGGACCACCAACUCCAAAGCGGCCAAGAGGACGACCAAAAGGCAGCAAGAACAAAGGCCCCAGAACUGCACUGAAGAAAGUAGAGCCCAUUGGAGAGAAGCGACCACGUGGGCGACCAAGGAAAUGGCCCCAGAAAGUAGUGCUAGAAGUAACUGAAGAACAGCAGCUGGAACCUGCUUCCUCGCACGCAAUCGCUCCAUGAGAUUUUAACAGUCAUUCUUGUAUUCUCGUGCGUUUUCUAGUAUUGAUUCAUGUGCUUGAGCAUCAUGAGUCAGUAGACCAAAAGAGAUAACAACAAAGUGAAAAAGUGUUUUGGGUUUUUUUUGUUUUUGUUUUUUUUUGGGUGUCCUGCUGUUCCAGGGCGCUUCAGAAGAGGCUGAGGAGGGUCCCUCGUCAUCUCAGGCGGCAGCACAGGAGGAAGGGGAGUAGAUAGGGCACCUCUCUACCUACCUCAAGGUUUGGCCUCAGAUAAACAGGGGUUUAAAUCUGACUCCUAUCUGUGAUGGGGAUUCAGGAACACACAGACACACACACGCUCAAAAGUAAUUGCAGUCAGUAAUUUCUUCUCCUGAUGUGAUACCUUGGAUUUGUUAUAAAUUUUUUAAGAGUUUUAGAUUUUUGGUGAGCAAACUGUGUUUUAACAUUGGAGUAUUUGAUCUUUCAGUAAGGUUUAUUGAAUAGGAAUAGUUCCACUUUUUGGGAAAUGCACUUGAGACAUACCAUUUUCACAUAUAAAUAUGCCGUUCAUACCUGCAGCAUCUCUAAAGCUCGCACACACAUAUUGUCUCAUUUCUGAAAUCUAAAAAUGUAAAAGCAGUUUUUGUGGUCGUUUUAGACAUGCCUGCUUCUCAUGUGACUUUAAGCAGUAAAGGAAAAACAAAAAGGGUGCAUUUCCCAUAAAAAUUGAACUAUUCCUACAAGUAUGCCAGCUUUCCUGAGCCCCUUAGUGUGCAUGGUUGCGUGUGAGCGAGUGUGAGCGCGUGUGUGCGGCGGUUGCAUGGAGAGGGGACUAGGCUGCCGGCUGAAAUGAGACUGGUUAAGAAAAACAAAGGAACCAAACUGAAUCGUUUUUAUUGAAACAUGUUUCUAAAUCAAAUAUCACAAACCCUCGUAUGAAACAUCGUUACAAUAUAGACAUGGUGCGCUGAAGUCAUUAUGAUGAAAGUUGUGUGAAAGGUUUAAACUGAAAAUGAAAUAUCAAAUUAUUUGAGGGGCGGGGCAGGGGCUCCUUACAAAAAAAAAGAAGAUUAAAUUGGAUCCAGGGUUUUGUUUUUCUUCAAUCCAGCAGCUGAUUUGAGAGAAAUUAUUUGAAUAUUUCAUUUAGAAAAGAGAAACCCUUCACACAUCAUUUAGUCAACAAGGAUGUUGACAUGUCAUGUUUUUUUUUUU